AUGAAGAAUAAUGAAAGAGAUAAAAAAGGAGAACCGACAAGUUUGUUUUAUUACGAGAUAUACAAGAAGUUAUUUAUUUAUUAUGAAUGUGCAAUAAACGAGAAUGAGAGAAAAAAUAGAAAGUUUUUAAAAAGAAAAAAGAAAAGUAUAGAUGAAUUAAAGAAAUUACAAGAUGAUUUGAUAAUAUUUUUUGAUAAUAAUAUCGAUUUACUGUGUGAUCCUUUUUAUUUUUUAACAUAUGAAGAAGAAGAUGUAAAUAAAAAUGAAUUAAAGAAUUAUAUUAUUAGUCAUUAUCCAAAAUUAUUAAAUAAUAUGGAAGAAAUAAUAAAAUGUUCGAUUAUAUUAAAUAGGAAUGCUUAUUAUGUGUGUACUUUAUUUAAUGAUGUAUAUUUAAAAAUAGAAAAGAGUAAUAUAAAAAAUGAAAUAAUGAAAUGUGCAUUUAUAUCUGAAGUAUUUAAAGAAUGUAUAGAAAAAGAGAAUUUAAUUAUUAUGAUAUAUAUGGAAAUAUUAAAAUAUUUAAAUAAAAAUGAAAGAAUAGGUAUAUCAUUAAAUAAUAAAAAUGGUGAUAAGUAUACAAAAUAUGAAGAAACUAAUAUAAGUACUGAUAGAGAUGAAAAUAAUUCAAGUGAUGAUGAUAAUGAUGAUGAUGAUAAUAAUAAUAAUAAUAAUAAUGGAUUAAUAAAAAAAAAUGAAGAAGUAAAAACAUCAAGUGUUCAUAGUACUACAUCUAAUAUAAAUUCAUUAACUAGUUUAAAUAUAUCUAAGACUGUGUUUGAAAAUAAUAUAAAUAAUAAUCGUGUUAAUGCAGAUCGUUUUUCAUUAUAUAUAUUAAUUUUAUUAACACAAAAUGAUUUUAUAGAUAAUAUAUUUAUAGAAAUAGAUAAAAUUAUUAAAUUUUUAAUUAAAUAUGAUGAUAUAUGUGAUCAAAUAGAUUAUGUAUUUAAUUAUAAAACACAUAAAAUUAAUAUCCUUUUUAAUUUAUUAGAUAUUCUCUUUUUAUAUUUUUCUAAAUUUCAAGCUACUACACAAGUUAUCUCAAGAAUAUUUAAAUUAUUAAAUCAUCUAGUCUCAUCAAAAUAUUUCGAUUUUAUGCCAACUGAUCAAUAUGUUAAGGAGUUAGAUAAUAUAUUAUUCUGGACAGAUAUCAAAAAAAAAAAAAAAUUCUUUACAUAUCUAAAAAAUAUUAGAAGUAAUAAAAUUAUAUCUCAUAUUGAUGAUUAUUAUAAAUUGGAUAUGAACAUUUCAGAUGAUCCUUUUAUGAAUAAUUUUAUGGAUUUUAAUGAUAUAUCAACAGGAAUCAAAAAUAACCCGCAAGGUGUUAACAAUAAUAUGAAUAGUAAUAAUAAUAAUAAUAAUAUGAAUAGUAAUAAUAUGAAUAGUAAUAAUAAUAUUAAUAGUAAUAAUAAUAAUAUUAAUAGUAAUAGUAGUAACAACGCCAUGAAUAGUAAUAACUCCAAUCCUUUUAUAAACAACAAUGCCAUCCCUAAUAGCAACAAUUUAAUCACACAGACCUUGUCAAAUUCUAACCUAAGGAAUGAUAACAAUGUCAUAAAAACUAACGAGACAUCGAGAAGUAGCAAUAUGAAUAAUAAUUUUUUAACAACCCUAAACACACAACAAAACAAUAAUGCUAUAAAUGCUAAUAUGUUAGUAUGUAAUCAAGAAAGGAAUGAAAAGGAAGGUGUAAACACAAGUGGAGGUAUAAAUAAUCCAGGUUGUCAAAUAAUAAGAGAUAUUCCUUUUGAUAUAAAUAAUUUAUGGAAAGAUAAAAAAAAUUGGAAUAUUUAUGAUCAAUAUAAUAAAAAUUAUAAUAGACUCGAGAAGUGUAUUGAUUGUAAUGGUUACUGGUAUAGUUGUAAUUGUAGUUUAUCAGAUUGUGAUGUAUCUAGUUUAAGUUUAACUACUCAAAUAAGUUUAUUAUUAAUAUUAUGCUUAUAUCCAAAUAUAGAUAGAUAUGUAUAUGAAAAGAAAAAGAAAAUAAGUUCUAAUGUUUUAUCUAAUAAUAUAAAUAACAAAUCUAAUGAUGAUAAAACAAGUGAUACUAUAAAUGAUGAGAAAGAAAAAAUGAACUUUUCUAAUUUUUAUAGUCCUGAUAUAUGGAAAUACAAUUGUAUGAGUACACAAAAAGAUUUAAAACAUUUAUUAAAUAUAAAAGAUAGUUAUUCUGUAAGUACAGAUUUUAUUAAUGAAAAUGUAUCUUAUUAUUAUCAGUUGUUUACAAAAAUUUUUGAAAAAAAUAAUAAAAAAAAAAAAAAUAUAAAAAUGGAAAAUAAUAAUGAUAAUUUUUGGAAUUAUAUAAAUAAGAGUGGUAAUAAUAUAUUAUUAAAAAAUAAUAAUAUUACUACCAAUAAUUAUAAUAAUAAUAAUAAUAAUAAUAAUAAUAGUAGUAGUAGUAGUAGUAGUAGUGAUAGAAACUGUAAUGAAAAUGUUAUUAUUUUAAAAUAUAUGGUAAGCUUAUUUACUAAUAAUAAAGAUGAAAUAUUCUCAUCUAUUUUUGAAGAUAAUUUUUUUAAAGUUUCAUAUGAUAUGAUAUUAAAAAAAAUAACAAGUGCUACUUUAAUAGGGACAUUAAUAUUUCAUUUAUUUCAUAUGACAUUUUCUUUUUCAUUUAUAAAAAAUUCCAAAACAACAGAUCUGUGGAAUUCUUUAAUUGAUUAUCAUAUAAAGAAAGAUUUUCAUUUAAAAAAAAAAAGAAAUGAAAAUACACGGAAUUAUAUGAUUGAUCAGAAUGAAUUGGAUUUUAAUGAGGACAGUAUGAAUAAUAAGGGCAUGUUUUAUGAUAGCCAAGAUUUUAUUAAUAUGAUGACGAAUAAUAACAAAACAUUUGAUGAUAAUAUUAAAACAUUUGAUGAUAAUAAUAAAACAUUUGAUGAUAAUAUUAAAACAUUUGAUGAUAAUAUUAAAAAUUAUGGUGAUGAUAAUAUUAAAAAUUAUAAUGAUGAUAUAUAUUUAAAUAAAAAAAUUAUUCAUAAGAUGAAAAAUAUGGAUAAUAAUAAUAUUCAUUUGGAUAGUUCUUAUUAUAAUAAUAGUAAUAAUAUUAUUCAUAUAUAUAAAAAAAAAGGAGAGUAUUUAAUUGAUAUUCUUAAUUUUUUAAAAAUAUUAUGUAAUAACUAUCCUCGAUUAGUUAAUAAAUAUGUAUGUAUAUUAAAAAAUAUUAUUAAUAGAUAUCAUUCACGUAUUAUGGAAUUUUCAGAAAUAGAUGAAACAAUUUAUCAUCAUACAUUAGAACAUAUUAAUCAAGAUAUAGAUUCACGAGGACAUGCAGAUGAUAUAGAAAAUGAAUUUUAUCAUCAUCAUCAUCAUGGACAUAUAAAUAAGAAACAUUAUUCUAGCAAACAAAAGAAAUUUUAUAAUAUAAAUGAAGAAAGACGUAUGAUUCUAAUGAAAUAUAGAAGUUUAAAAAUAGUAGCAGAAGAUAAAAUGAAAUUAUGUUUAGAUUUUUAUUCAGAUAUAUUUGUGCAUGUACUGGAUUUUGCAUCUGUAUUAUGUAAUAAUAUAUAUGAUUUAAGAGUAAUAGAAAAUGUAGUUUUAUGUUUUAAAACACCUCUUACAGCUAAUCUAAAUAUAUUUAAUUUGACUAAGAAAUUAUUUAAUCAGUUUAAUUGUGUACUAACUGGGAAGUAUCAUGAAUUCUCUAAAAUAACAAAUAAACAACAUAUGCAUGAUAAAACAAGGAAUAAUAAUAUGAAGGGUGAUUUGGACAUCAUGGAUUAUCAUAUAAGUAGUAUGAAAAGUAAUCAGCAUAAUAAUAAUAUAAACAAUAUUAACAGUAACAAUAACAACAAUUGUAACAAUAGUAACAACCAGUUUAAUCGUAUUAAAUUUCAUAAAGAUCUUUAUAAAAUCCUUUUAGAAAGAAAAAUUAUCAAUUCUAAUCAUAAUAUGUCAUCUUUACAAGACAGAAAAGAUUCUUCAAAUAUAAACUAUGAUGAUUAUGAUCAUGAGAUGUUCUCAAAUUUUUAUUUUAUAUAUCUAUAUUAUUUCAAAAUUAACUUAUUAGAAAAAAUAUUUGAACAAAACAACUUCUUAAAAGAUAUUUUAAAAAAUUACAAUAUAUUAGAUUUGUUAGAAAAAAAUAAUGUAUAUUUAAAUAAUUUAAUAAAAGAAAAUGGAUUAAUUGAAAAACAUUUAAAAGAUAAAAAAAUCUUUGAAGCAUGUCCUCAAUCGUAUGAUAUAUUUAAUAAAAUGGUAUUAAUAGAAAAUGAUGAGUAUUCAAAUAGUGUUAGAGAUGCAAAUAAAAUACUUAUGAACAUUGAUGAUAAUAAUAACAAGUUGAAAUCGUUUGUAAAUUUUAAGGGAUUGAAUGAGAUACAAACAAAUGUGUUAAAUGAAUUAUUUACAAAUGUUAAUAUGUCAAUCAGUGCGAAUAUUAUUCAACCAAAUAAUAAUAUAAAUAUGGUAAAUAAUUUAGGACACGCAAGUGGACUCACUGCCUUGCAAGGCCUAAACGCAAAUAUAAAUGCAAAUACAAUUACAAAUACAAAUACAAUCACAAAUACAAUCACAAAUACAAAUGCAAAUACAAAUGCAAAUACAAAUACUAUCACAAAUACAUUCACAAAUACUCAUCACUCGAACCAUAUUAGUGAUCACCCCUUUGGAGAUAAAAGCUUUCUAGAAAAUAUCCUAAACGAACAGAAUUGUAUCAACUAUUUACUCAUAGAAAAUAAAUUAACAGAAAAUUUGUUAAGAGAAAAUAAUUUUUUAAAAUGCGAAUUUAAUAAAUACAAUAUUGUUGAUUUAUUUUAUAAAAAUAAAAUCAGCGAAACAUUAUUAGAUAAUUUAAAAAGUAUUAUGUUAAACGAAUAUGAUUUAUUAGAGAUUUUAUCGUAUGAAAAAAAAUUUAAAAAUAUGAAUCGUAAUGUAGAUGGCUCAUAUAAUGAUAAGGAAGCCAUACAAAUAUUUUUUGAUGAUAAUAAGGAUGCUAUAGAUUUUUUUAAAGAAAAAAAAUAUCAAACAAGGAUGUUAAAAAAUAAUAAUGAACAAGAUCAUUAUGAUGAUGAGGAGGAGGAUGAGGAUGGUGAUCAUUAUGAUGACAAUGGUGAUCAUUAUGAUGACAAUGGUGAUAGGAUUCUUUUGAAUCAUCUCCAAAAUAAUAAUAGUUUAAUGAAUAGAGCAAAAAUAAUAUUAAGAACAGAAUUAGAAUAUGAAAAGAAACAUAUUAUGAUUGAUACUCAUUAUUUAUUAAAAAAUAUAUUUGAAAGAAAUUUAUAUCCAUAUAAUUGUUUAAAAAUGUUAGAAAAAUGUUUAUUAUUUUUAUCUUCAGUAAAUAAUAAUAAGUUAUGUUAUUAUUUACCUAUAAAUAAAAAUUUAUUAAUUGAUUAUAUUUUAUUAGAACAAUAUGAAAAUAAUUCAUCAUAUGUCAAUAUAUCUAAAAAAGGAGAUGAUAGUAAAAUGAAUCAUAAGGAUGAUAAUUAUAAUAAUAGAGAUUAUGAUGAAGAAGAAGAAGAAGAUGAAGAACAGAAUCGAUUUUUUAAAAUAAAAAAUAAAAAAUAUAAUAAUUUCUUAUCAUUAUUAGAUAUACAAAAUAUGGAUAGUACAACAAAUUAUAAAAAUGUAUUUAUACAUAAUUUAAAUAUGUGUAAUAAAAUUAAAGAAGGAAAAGAAAAAAAUAUAAAACAAUAUAAAACAAUGCAUUUGCUUGAUAUUUUGUAUGAUAUUAUUAAAACAAAAUAUAAUUCAUCUGUAGAUAUAAGUAAUUUAAAAUGUAUAUGUAUAGAAAUAUUAUGUUCAAGCUUUGUAAAAAAUUCUUCUUCUGCAUUAUCAGUUUUAUGUUCAUUAACUGAAAUAUUUCCAGAUAUUUUUAAGGAGAAUAUGAAAAAAUAUACAGAAGAAAAUGAUAAUAUAAAAAAAAAAUUAGAAUUUAUAGACAAACAAUUAUUAAUAGGUCAAAUGAAAUAUGAAACACUACAUGAAAUAGCAUCCAAUUUUAUUCAACCAACUUAUAAUUUAAAAAUUAUUAUUACAUUUAUGAAAUGUGUUAAUUAUUUAUUAUAUAUGAUUGGAAUAAAGAGAAAAUUUAAUAUGUCCUUAAGUAAAAUAUGGUAUUUCUUUAAUAAUAUAGAUAAAAUAGAAGAAAUCGAUCAAAAAAUUAAAAGAAGAAAAUUAUAUCAUGCAAAUGAACAUAACAUGGAACCACAACAUUCUAAAACAGGAAUGAAUCAACAUAAUUAUUAUCAUCAAAAUAAUAAAAAAGGUUCAUCGAGUUAUGUCUUUUUUGAUAUAUUUUUUAAUUUCGAUUUAUUUUUUGAUGAAUUAGAAAAGGAAGAUGAUUAUGACGAUCACGUUGGAGCAUAUAAUGAUCAUGUUUAUAAUAAUGAUAAAAAUAAUAGAGGAAAUAAUAAAAGUAACAACAACAAUAAUAUUGACAAUAAUAAUAAUAUUAAUGUGAGUGAAUAUAGUGGUGGAAAAUAUAAUAGAGAUAUGUAUUCACAUAAAGAUCAUAUAUUAAAAAAUAAUAAUAAUGAUAAAUCAUUUAAUUUAUCAUAUAAUAAUAAUUAUAAUUAUAACGAAUAUGAUGAUGAUAUUUAUGAUAAUUGUUUAAAAAAAAAAUUAAUGAUCUCAGAUGAGGAGAAAAAUAUCUGUAAACAUUUAAUUUUAUUAACUAAUUAUAUUGUACAAGAUAUUUUUUAUAAUUUAAUAAAUAAUUUUAUAUUAAAAAAAAUAAAAGAAAAAAAAUAUGAAAAAGAAGAUCUUUUAGAAGAAGAUAUAAAAUGGGAAUUAUUAAUGAAUAAACAAGAAAAUUCCAUAUUUAAAAGAAGAUAUAAUUUUUUUAUUCAUAAAUCAAAAAAUAUAGAAUUACAAAUAAAUCAAAUGCAAAUUCAAAUCAAUAUAAAUAAUUCUUAUAUAAUACAAUUAGAAAAUUUACUUAAACAAAAUAAUAUACCUUUUGAGCCUUAUAUUAUAUCACAAAGAAUGUUUGAUAAAUCUUUUAAUGAUGUAAAUCACACAAUAAAUAAUAGUAUGCUUCUAAAUUAUAAUACAUCUCUUAAUAUGACAUCUAAUUUAAUGACAAAUACAUCACAAGGAAAUAAUACAAACAAUUCUUCCAUAUUACCAGGUAUCAACACAACAUCAUUAUUUGAUAAUAAAUCUGCAUCAACAAAUUUGUUUUCAACUAAUAAUAAUAAUACGUUAAACCAGACAAAUAAUAUAUCUACCACUGGUGGUUUAAGCAUUAAUAGUAAUAAUAAUAAUAGUAAUAAUAAUAAUAAUAAUAGUAAUAAUAAUAAUAAUAAUAACAAUAAUAGUAAUAAUAAUAAUGUUGGUUCAGCUGUUUCUAUGUUUGGAUCAAGCAAUUUAUCUCCUUCCUUAGAUAAAACUAGAACCGAUUAUGUCUCAUCUAUGAGAAUAGCUUCUCAUUCACAAGAUACAAACACAACAGUAAAUAAUACAAAUAUUGGUGGUAAUCUAUUUUCUUCUUCCUUGUCGAAUUCAUUAAAUCAAGGAAUUACAAAUACGAAUAGUAUAUUUAAUAAUACAUCAUCAAAUAAUAAUAAUCAAACAAGUAUAAAUAAUAAUAAUUCUUCCUUGUUGAAUACUUCAAAUAAAUUAUUUGGAACGACAACAACAACAAAUACUACAUCCUCAUCAAAUUUGUUAGGAACAAAUAAUAAUAUAUCAUCUGGAAUAUUUAGUUCCAUGUCGAAUAAUGCUAAUAACAAACCAAAUUUAUUUUCUGGUGUUAAUCAAAAUAAUAUCUUUGGUAAUACAAAUAUAUCAAGCAAUCCAACUUUAUCAUUAAAUAAUAAUGCAAUUGGAAGUAAUAUAAAUAAUUCUGGACAGAAUUUUUUACAGAAUCAAAAUAAUUUAUUAACAAAUCAAACAUUAAAUACUAGCAUAUUCGAUAACAAAAAUGUUUUAAGUUCAAAUAAUUUAUUAUUAUCUGGGCAACAACAAAAUAAUACAUCUUCAUUUUUAGGUAAUCUGGGAACAAAUACUUUAUCACCUUCUUCAGGUUCAUCUCUUUUUAAUCAAUCAAAAGAUAUAAUUUUAAAUAAUAAUAAUAUAAAUAUAAAUUCUAGUAGUAGUAAUAUGAAUAAUCUUUUUGGUGCUACUAAUACACAGUCGACAUCAAGUAAUAUCUUUUCAUCAAAUAAUAAUAUUUUUUCAACAAAUGCAAAUACAAAUAAUAUGUCUUUGUUUAAUAAUCAGAAUGUUUUAAACAAUAAUAUGUUUACAUCUACGAAUAACAUGAACUCUAAUAUUAAUAUAAAUAAUAAUAGUAAUAUUAAUAGUAAUCAGGUGCCGUCGUUAUUUUCUAAUACGACAUAUAAUAUGUAUAACAAUAACAACAAUAUGAUUAAUAAUAAUAAUAAUAUUAAUAAUAAUAAUAAUAAUAUUAAUUUACCCCAAUUUAAUAAUAUAGAUGAAUUAAAAAAAUAUUAUGAAGAUUUAAAAUUAAAAACAAAUGUAUUAAAUGCUGAAGUGUAUAAAUACAAAAUAGAGCUAAAAAAAAAUGAAUAUAAUUUAAAUAAAGAAAAGAAAAUUCAAUUAUUAAAAGAAAAUAAAUUAAGAGAAAAUAAAAGUAAAUCAGAUAUAAAUUUUAAAGAAAGCGAAAUGUAUAUUUUGAUUAUUUUAGUAUUCAUGUAUUUUAAAUUAAUAUUAAAAGGACCACUUCCAAAUGAUAAUAAUAAUAAUAAACAAUUAAAUCGUGUAAUGAAUGAAAGAUAUGAUUACUUAUGUGAUUUUAGACCUACUAUGUAUUUAUUUGAACAAAUAUUAGGAGAAUCUAAUAAAUUUAUGACUCUUUUUUUUAAUAUAAUUUUCUUAGAUAAUAUUAUUCAUGAAGAAAAUAAAAAUAUGGAAGAAUUAUUAUUAAGAUGUAAAAAUUAUUGUGAUUUUAUAAAUGUAUGUAAUCAAGAAAAAUCGAUUUUUUUAAAAAAAAAAAAUCUAUACCAUGAUACUAUGACUAUAAAAUCAGAUAAAAAAAAAAAUGAUGAUCAUAAAGAAAAUAAUAAUGAUAACAAACAAAAUUAUAAAAAUGGAAGUAAUAAUAAUAUCUUUACAUCAAUGACAUCUGAGGUCUUUUUUAAAAAAAAAUUACAAUAUUUGACUUGUUCUUAUUCUAAACAAUAUUAUAAUUCUUUAUUUUUUUAUAAAAUAAAAUCUUUAGGACUAGGAAUAUUAAAACUAUUGUUUGAAAGAGAUGUUCUUUUUAUUCAUAUGCAUAAAUUAUGGAGGAAUGAAAAAUUACUUCAAAAGAAAAUGGAAAAAUAUAAAUUCGAUCUUAACAUUAUAGAUCCUAAUAAUAAAAAUGAUGACAAUAAUAACAAAAAUGAUGAUAAUAAUAAUAAAAAUGAUGACAAUAAUAACAAAAAUGAUGACAAUAAUAAUAAAAAUGAUGACAAUAAUAACAAAAAUGAUGAUAAUAAUAAUAAAAAUGAUGACAAUAAUAACAAAAAUGAUGACAAUAAUAACAAAAAUGAUGAUAAUAAUAACAAAAAUGAUGAUAAUAAUAAAAAUAAUGUAAAUAUUAAAAGAAGAGGAACAUCAACAGAAUUUUUAGAAAAAAAAUUUAAUAUGACAGAAUCUGUAUGCUCUCCUAUAUGUGUUCAUAAUUUUUUAUUUAAAAAUAUUAAUAUAAAUUCAAGAACUACUUAUUUAAUUUUAUUAUUAAAGAACUUUUUUAGAGAUAAUGAAAUGAAUAAAGUGAUAAUAUAUUUUAUUCUUCAAAUAUUUAUAAGAGAUUGUAAAACCACUAUUAAUAUUUUAAAAAGAGAUAAUGAAUCUUUUAAUUUCUUGAAAUAUGCCUUGAGAAGUAUAUUUAUUUAUAAUUUGAAUAAACAAAAAUUUAAUAACUGUUUUAUUAUAUCUAAUAGGACUAUAAAAAUGAAAAAUAUCAUAAACAAUUUUGUUGAUUUGCCUCUCUUAUAUUUUUUAAAAAAUUCAAAGGAUAUCAAAAAUAAAAUAUUGCCCAGAAUUUUGAAGAAUAAAUUGGAUAAGCAGAUAGAUUCUGACCACGUACAAAAUAAAAAGGGUGUGUUGAAUACGACUAAUUGGUUGUCUUAUAUGAAUAAGGAUGAUUAUGAGGACGUGUAUAAAGCGAAUAAUGUUGAUGAUGCAGACAUUGACGAUGAUGAGGAUGAUGAUGAUGAUGAUGACGAUGAUGACUAUGAUGUUGACGAUGAUGAUAAUGAUGAUGAUGAUGAUGACGAUGAUGACUAUGAUGUUGACGAUGAUGAUAAUGAUGAUAAUGAUAAUGAUGAUGAUGAUGAUGAUGAUGAUGAUGACCAUAAUGAUGACAAUUAUUAUGACUAUGAUAGCGACAAUAAUGAUGAUUUUUUUUAUGAUAAGCACAUACGUAAUAACCUAAAAAAGAAAUCAAAGAAUGCUACAAAAAAAAGUAUGCUUCGUUUAAACCAUGAAAUGUAUAAGAAUAAAAAAAAAUUGAGAUAUAAUAAAUUAAACAAUAAUAAUGGAGAAAAUAAUAUUGAAUUCGAUGAGAAUGUUGAUUAUAAUGGAUUUAUAUCUAAAUAUAAAAAUAUGAAAUUAAAAGAAAAAUAUGAAUCUAAAUAUAUUUAUGAUUAUUUAUCAGAUAAUGAUUUAAUAGAUACAAUUAAAAGUAAAAAGAUUUGUGUAUUUUAUGAUAAUAAAGAAAAAGAAGAUGAUAAUGAAAAUUUUUCAUUAUAUAAUUCCAUAUCAGAAAGUUUUAAUGAUGGUUAUUCUAAAAUAGAUUAUUAUAAUGAAAUAAAAUCUAUAGAUUAUAAUAUUGUAGGAUAUUGUAGUUCAUUUAAUUUUUUACCUAUUAAUAAUUUUUAUACUGAAAAAUAUGACUUUAUAGAAAAUGAAUUAGUAUAUAUGAGUGAUUUAAAAUUAUAUUUUUAUAUAAAAUCUUUUAAACGUCAUACUUAUUUUAAGAAACUAUUAAAUAUUGAAAAUGUAGGGAGAAAUAAUAAUAAUAAUAAUAAUAAUAAUAAUAAUAAUAAUGAUGAUGAUAAGGAGGAAGAAGAAGACAUUUAUAAAAAUAUGGAUGAUAUAGAUUAUUACAAUAUGGAUGACCAAGAUAAUAUUAUAAAUAAUAAUAUAAAGAGUGACAAAUAUAUAAAUAAUAUAUUUAAUAUAAAUAAACAGAGUAAUCUUUAUGGUGUAAAUAAAAAAAUGAAUACAAAUCAUGAUAUGAAUUUAAAUGAUAAUACAAAUAGUAAUAGAAAACAAAUGGAUGAAUUAAAUGAAGCUAUAUCAUAUAUAAAAAAUGAUAAUUAUAUAAAAACAGAUGCUACAAAUAAUAUUGAACAAAUUAUAGAUAAUGAAAUAAAAUAUUAUGAUUUCUUUAAUAAAUUAAAUAAAAUGAAUGAAAAUUUAUUAUUUUCUAAUAUUUUACAAAAUAGUAGAGAAGAUAAAAUCAAAUAUUUAGAAUAUAUAAAAAAUAUAGUAGAAAAUGAUAAUACAAAAGACCCCAGCAAUAUCAACAAUAUGAAUAAUAUGAAUAAUAUCAAUAAUAUCAACAAUAUCAACAAUAUCAACAAUAUCAAUAAUAUCAAUAAUAUCAAUAAUAUCAAUAAUAUCAAUAAUAAUAAUAAAUUAAAUAACAAUUUAUUACAUCCUUUAAUCGAUUUGCUACAAGCCAAAAAGAAAGAAACAGAAAAAAAAAUUAGUAAUGAAUUAAGAAAAAAAAAUAUUUUUAUGAAUAAUGAAUUAUGUGAAUGGAUUGAACUAAGUCAUUUAUUAAAUAUAGAUGUAGAUUAUAAUGAUAUUAGAAAUAUAAAUAAAAAAAAAAAAAUAUUAAAUAAUUAUAGUAAAACACCAAUAACGAAAUUAAUAUUAUAUUUUUAUGAAAUUAUAACAAGGAAAUAUUUAUUCUUAAAUAAUUCCAAUUUAAGUUCAAGUUCUAGUUCAGAUUCUUUGAUAGAAAAUUGUAUACUAUCUUUAUUAGGUCUUUCUUUUAUACCUUCAAAAAAUGUAGAAAAAAAAAGAACUAUGGCAUCUAAUAUCGAAGAAGGUUUGGAGUUAGAAAAUGAAUGCUUCUUAAAUUGUCUAAUAAAUGAUAUUGUAAUUAAAUUUUCUAGUUAUGAUAAUAUAUCGGAGUUAAUUUGUGCAGAUUAUUAUGACGAAAAGGAUUCACCUGGUAGAAGUAAUAGAAAAUCUAAAUAUAAUGUAUUAAAAGAUGUAGAGACAAAGAAAGGGCACAUAGUUAAGAAUAAAAAGGGGAGGGAUUUACACGAUAAUGAUGUUGAUGAUGGUGAUGAUGGUGAUGUUGAUGAUGAUAAUAAUAAUGAUUAUAAUAAUUAUAAUGACAAUAGUGAUGAUGAUAAUUAUAAUAUACUGAGAAAAAAGAAUAAAUGCUUUGAUGAUAAAAAAUAUUAUAGUUCUAACCUUUUAAAAAAAUAUGAAAGUAAAGAUUAUUAUAAAAAGAAUAUAUUUUUAAACAAUAUUAAUAACAUAAAACAAUAUAAUAUUUUUGAGAAGAAUUCUUAUUUUAUUAAAAGUUUAAAUAUUAUUUAUAUGUUAUCAAGAAAUAAAAAAAUGAAAGAUUAUAUUAUCAGUUUUAUAAAUAAAAUGUGGAUAAAUAAAUUUAAUGUAUUUUAUUAUAUAACUCAAAAUGUAAAUAUUCAAAAAUUAAAAGAUACAGAAAAAAUAUUAUUUUAUAAAAUAUCAUUUCAUAUGUUAAAUAUUUUUAUACCUAUAAUUGAUCAUAUAUUAAAUAAUAUAGAUAAAUAUGUAGAAUGUUUUAUGAAUAUAAAUUUGAUAAGUGAUAAUUGUGAGAAUAACAAUAAGGAACAUAAUUAUAAACAACAUAAUUAUAAACAACAUAAUGUAAAUAAAGAUGGUAUUAAUAAUAUUGAUAAUUUUUGUGUCGAACAGAAUAAGACACAAAAAGAAAAAGAAAAAAAAAGAAAAAAAAAUUAUACUAAUAAUAUAUAUGAUAUUAUUAAUGAAGACAAUUUUGAUGAAAACAAAAAUAUUUUUGAAUUUUUAAAUCCUAUAUUUAAUUAUGAUAAUAUACAGAAUUUUAUAAAUCAUUAUAUACAUAUUAUAAAGAAUUAUAAUGAUACAUAUUUAAAACAUUAUAUAUAUCAUUAUUAUUUAUUUAAUUAUGAUUUUUCUUUUCAAAACGUAUAUAACUAUUCUAACAUUGAACAUAUUCAUUAUAUAAAAAAUGAUGCUAAUCCAGCUCAAUAUAAUAAUAAUAAUAUAAAAAAUAACAAUAAUAAUAUAUAUAAUUUGAAUAAUACUCCUAAUAAUAAUGUAAAUUUAUUAUAUACUAGUAUUAUUAAUACAUAUGUAAAUUUCUGUAUGUGCUCAACAAAAUUGAAUCAAUAUAAUAGUAGUAAUAAUAAAUGUAUUUCUCAAUAUAAGUUUUUAUAUGAUAACUAUUGCAUGUAUAAUAACCACAGAUAUGCAAGUAAUGAACUAGAAGAUGGAAUUGGAUUAAAUAAAAAGAAAGAUACAAAAAAAAAUAAAAAUAAAAAUAUUCAUAGUAAUGAUAUGUUUGAUAAUUAUUAUGUGAAUAAAAGUGAUAUAGAUGAGAUGGAUCACAUAAGUGAUUCUCUGAAUUGUAAUAAUAAUCAUCAUAAUAAUGAUGAUGAUAAUAAUGAUGAUGAUAAUAAUAAUGAUUAUAAUAAUAAUGAUAAUAAUAAUGAUUAUAAUAAUGAUGGUUGCUUGAACUUUGAACAAUUGAAUGAAAUUAUUGGAAAUCAUACAUAUUUAAAAAGUUUUUUAAACAAAUAUUAUUUAAACAAAAGUUGUAUUAAUUAUAAGGAGAGAUUAGAAGGAAAGAAAAGAAUACGUGAAGAAUUAAAAGAAUAUUAUUAUUUACAAAAGAAUGUAUAUAUAUAUAAUAGUUUAAAUUAUUUAAAUAUUAAUUAUAAAAAUUGGUUAUUAGUAUAUAAAACAUAUAUAGAAAAAAUUACUUAUUUGAUUGAUAUAGUUUUAAAAAUUAAAAGUAAUACUAUAAAUAAGAAAAUAUAUUAUUUAAAGAAUUAUUUUUAUAUAAUAAAUAAUAUUCAAAAACAUUUAAAAAAUAUAACAUUUGUUAUAAAAUCAUCUUAUUAUAUUAAUUUCAAUAUUCAAAUAACACCUAUAUUAUUUAUUGUAUAUUUAUUUAUUAGUAUAUUUUUCUUCUCACAUAAUAAAAAAUUUGCAUUCACAUAUUUAUCACAUAUUAAUAAAGGAUUUCAUAAUUUAUUUAAAAAUAAAAAAAAUUUCAUGUUAAGGUGUAUAGAAAGAAGUGACAAUGAAGAUGAUCAUGAUCAAGAUAAAGAGUGGAGAGAACAAGAGAAGCAAAAAAGCAAGACCAAAAAAAAACUCUUAGAAGAAAAUGAGAAAUUAGGAAAUGAGCAAGAAUAUAAGACAGAUGGAAAAAAUAAAAGUAACGACAACAACAUAAAUGAUAACAACCAAAAUGAUAACAACCAAAAUGAUAACCACGAAAAUGAUAACCAAAAUGAUAACAAUAAUAAUAAGUUUGAUAAGUUUAGAAUUGAAAAUAUAAAAUAUAAUAAAAAAUUAAAAAUGUCUAAUCUGUUUUCAAGAAAAAUUUUGAAUAAAGAAUUUCAAGGAAAUAUAUUAAAUAUACCUCAAAAAAAAAUUUACAACAAUUCAAAUAUAAAUAUGAAUGAUACAUAUCCAUAUAUGGAUAUACGUAAUAGUGUUCAUGAAAUAAGUAGUAGUAAAAAUAAAAAUUUCAUGUCUUUAAAUGAUAUAAAUGAUAAUCAUAUAAAUAAUGAAAAUUAUCUUAAUCAUCAUAAUAAUAAUAGUACAUUUUUUAGUGAUAGUUAUUAUUAUAUUAAUACAAAUAAAAAGCAUUUAAAGAAAAAAGAUAAUAAUAUAUUAUCAAAUGGAAUAUCUCACAAUAAUAAUAAUAAUAAUAAUAUAUAUUUAGUUGAUGAUUUAUAUGAUAAUUAUCCUAACAAUGAAAAGAUGUAUUAUGAUGUUCAUAAUGAAUAUUCAAAAUUAAUAUUAAAAAGUAAUGAAUUUUUUGAUGACUUAUUAGAAUUAUUAAUAAUAUUAAUAACAAAAAAGCACCCUAUAUUAAAUAAAUAUACUAUUAUAUAUAUAUAUGAAUGUUUAUAUACACUAUUAAAUAUAUAUCACUACAACAAUAAUAAUAAUAACAAUAAUAAUAAUAAUCAUUAUAAUAAUAAUAGUUAUGGUUAUUAUAAUAUGUCUAAUAAUAAUGAAGAUUUUAAUAAUAUAGGACAUACAAAAAAUAUGUUCUUAUCUUUAAUAAGAAGAAUUGAUCAAAAUGUUUUGAGCGAAUUUAUAAGUACAUUAUUUAUUGAUUCUUAUAAAAAUUUUUAUAUAAAUAGAAAUGCAAUAAUACCUAUAUAUUUUUAUAAUAACAUUUAUAAGUUUAUUGAUUAUAACACUGAAGUUUUUAUGUAUUAUGAAGGUAAGAAGAAAAUAUAUAAUACAAAUAAUAAUGAUAAUAUUAAUAUUAAUAAUAAUGAUGAUGAUGAUGAUAAGUCUUAUUAUUAUCGUAACAGACGUGCUAAUAAAGGAGAGUUAUUUUAUAAAAAAAAAAAGAAUUUUAAUGCACAAAAAAGUGUACACUUUUUAUUAAGAGGAGAAAGCAAUCAAAUAAAUAAUACAAACCAUAAUGCAAAUAAAAAAAAAUCGAAUUUUUUUUCGAGAAGAAGUCAAUUGUUUACAGAUACAGAAGAUUUAUUAGAUAGAAAGAAAAAAAGAAAAUAUAAAGGAAGAGAAAAUAAAUAUUCCAAAUAUGAUAGUGAUAUAAAUUAUGACGAUGAUAUGUAUGAUGAUGAUCAUCAUCAUGAUCAUCAUAUAUAUAAUAAUAAUGAUGAUAAUAAUAUAUGUAAUAGUUUUAAUAAUAAACUUACCAAUUUUAAUUUAAAAAAUGGACUUAAAAAUAAAAUUCAUCUUAAUAAUAAAAGUUUGAAUAUAUAUGAAGAAUCUUAUUGUUGUAAUUUUUUAUAUAAUAAGAAUGAUUUAAAUCUUAUGAGUAUAAAUUUAUUAAUAUUUUUAUUAAAUAAAAUUGGUUUAUAUGAAAUAGAUAUAAAAAUAGAUGAGAAUAAUAUAAAGAAUUUAAUUAAAGGGAAUUUAUUUUUAUUUCAUCAACAUUUAAAUAAACAAGUAGAAAAUAAAAUUUUACACACAUGUUUUUUAUUAUGUGCCUUAUGUGAUACAACAUAUAUAAAUGAAUUUGUUUUUAAAGAAGAUUUAUUUAAUUUAUUUUUAAAAAGUAAUAUAUUUGAUAAUUUAUAUGAAUAUAAAUUUAAUAAUUUAUCAUCAAGUAUUUCUUUUUUAUCAUUCCCUACAAACUUUUUAGAAAAUAAAAAUAUAUACAUCCCUCUGCCUGUCCUUAUUAUUGCAUAUAUAACAGUUAUAUUAAAAGUUGUUGAUAAGAAGGGAUUAUAUUUAUUUAAUAUAAUAAGUAAGUGGAUUUUAAAAAAUAUUAAUAUAUUUAUAAAUCAUCUAAUAAUUAAUAAUUAUUUAAUGAAAUCGAAUGAAAUAGCUCAUGAGGUUAAUAAUUUCACUACAAAUAAUCAUAAUUUAAUUUAUAAAUGUUUAUGUUAUUCUUCUACAUGUAACUUCACAAAGCAGAGAAAAAUUAAUUCAAGUUAUUAUAAUAAUAUCAUGAUGCAUGUUGAUAAAUCAAAAAAAAAUAAUAACCCAAAGAAAGAUUUUUUUCACAUGAAAGAUAAAAAUAAUCACAUUAAUAAUAUUAAUAUUAAUAAUAUUAAUAAUAAUAAUAAUAAUAAUCAGCUACUGUUUGAUAGUUUAUAUAAAGAAGAUAUACAUGCUGAUAAAAAUAACUCAGAAGAAUAUAUUAAUCACGCCAAUGUAGAUGUUGUUAAUUUAGAUAUCAUUUAUUCCAGCACGUAUUAUUUGUUGAGACUCUAUAAAAAUUAUCUCCUCUACAUACAUCAGAAUUAUUUAGGCAUGAAGAAAUUAAAAAUUGCUGAAAUGAAUAAAAUCAAACAAGAAAGACGAAUGUUGAAAAGUAAAAAGAAAAAGAAAACAAUGACGGAGGACAAGAAAGAUGAAUUAAUAGAUUCGGAUGAUUAUGAGGAGGAGCAUGAAAAUGUAGAUGAAGAGGAUGAGGAAGAUUAUGAAGAUGAUGAUGAUGAUGAAGAGGAAGAAGAAAAUUAUGAAGAUGAUGAUGAUGAAGUGGAAGAAGAAAAUUAUGAUGAUGACAAUAUGUUUGAUAAAAAUGUAAGAAAAAACGUACGUAAUAUAAAAAGUACUUAUAAUACGCAUUUAUAUAAAGAAAGAAAAAAUAAUUUUAUUUAUAAUAAUUUUUAUGAUGAUAAGCUAUUUAAGACACAGAAUGAUUAUGAUAGAUAUACAAGAAUAUAUAAUAAGAACAAAUUAAAUAAUUUAAAUAAUUAUUAUGAUACAUAUAAUAAUAAUGAUGAAGAUUAUAAUAAAAAAUUUAUAAAAGAUAAUGAAAAUUUUGUAUUAGAUAAUACAUUAAAAUUUGAAUUUAAUGAAAUAUCUUUGAAUAUAUGUAAUAUAAUUAAAGAACAUACAUAUAUACUUCAAUAUAUAAAAGAUCUUUUAAAUAUAUUAUCUAUAUUUGUUAUAUAUGAUAUAAGUUUAAAAGAUGAAAAUGAUUUAUUAAAUAAAAAUUUAAAUAAUAUUGCAUUAGAAAAAAGGAAAAAAAAUAUUAGAACACAUAGAAUAUUACAAAAUAUUAUACCUAAAUAUUCAAUAAAAUUUCAUUGUAUUAAUUUAUGUUUAGAUAUUAUAGAAUAUGAUAUAGGUUUAUAUGAUGAAUAUGUUCAACAAUCAAAAACAAAAUAUUAUGAAUAUAUUAAAAUUAUUUUAAAAGUUUUUAUGAAUACAUGCUUUUAUUUUAUUAAUAUUAUUAAAUAUGAAAAUUUCCAUAUGUUAAAAAGUGUAUCUAUGGCUAUGAAAAAAUUAACAAAUAUUAUUUUCUUCUUAUUAAAUAAUUUAACAAUAAAAGAAAAAACAAAUGAUAAUAAAAAUCAAACACUUUUAAAUAAAUUUAUAUAUGAUAAAAGUGGAUUCAAAAAAAAUGCACAUGAAAUUACUACAGAAUUAUUUAAUACAGAUUAUAAUAUAUUUAAUGAUAAAAAAUAUACAUCAGAUAAUAUUAAAAAAUUCCUUGAAAAUAUAGAAAUUGAUAUUCUUGUUCUCAAAAAAAUUUUAACAUGUGUUAUUUAUUUUACAUAUGCUAUGUUAAGUAAUCAAAAAGUUAAUAAAAUUAAUAUCGAACAUAUCAAUUUAAAUCAUAUCAACAAAAUUAAUUUAAAAAAAAUUGCAAACAAAUAUUUAGAAAAUAAUAAUAUAUUGAAAGUAUUCACAUUUAUUCUACAAAGAUCUACUCAAAUAUAUUAUCUAUUAUAUAAUUACGCCACCAAAUCAUAUACCAAGUGA